CGGGGAGGAGCUUCAGAUUUACAGAACCUCCUCGAUCCCUGAAGUCAAAACACUCCGGGCAGACAGACAUUUGCUGACAGCAGUGUCAGGACGGGUCUCUGGUCUCACCGUGUAGCCUCUCUGUCAUUACGGAGCCGAACCGGCAGGUCCUGCCUGGUUGUUGUUGUUGUUGACGUGCGUGUCGGUGAAACCAGUGGAGGGAGGAAGCGCUGCCUCUGGAUCUACUCCGCAACGCAUCUGCGCAGACGGAGACGAAGAGGCUGAAGAAAGAGAAGAAGAAGAAAAAGAAGAAGGAGAAGAAGAAGAAGAAGCCCCGCUGCAGUGUUUACCAAGAUGCCGUUUUCCGUUAACGGCAUCCUUUCUGCGCUCGCGCUGCUGCUGCUGCUGUGGCGCGCGGAGGAGCUCGCGGAAGCGUGCAGCUGCGCUCCGGUGCAUCCGCAACAGGCGUUCUGCAACGCCGAUGUAGUGAUCCGUGCAAAAGUGGUGGGUGAAAGAGAAGUCGAUUCUGGGAAUGACAUCUACGGGAACCCCAUCAAGAGGAUCCAGUAUGACGUCAAACAGAUCAAGAUGUUUAAAGGGCCCAACCAGGACAUUGAGGCGGUUUUCACUGCACCAGUUUCUGCUGUGUGUGGCGUCACCCUGGACGCAGCUGGGAAGAAGGAGUACCUGAUCUCAGGCAAGGCCGAGGCGGGCGGACGCAUGCACGUGACCCUGUGCGAUUACAUCAUGCUCUGGGACUCCUUGAGCGCCACCCAGAAAAAGAGUCUCAGCCAGCGCUACCAGAUGGGCUGCGACUGCAAGAUUGUGCGCUGUCCCUCUCUGCCCUGUGAGAUAUCAGCCCCUGAGGAGUGUCUGUGGACGGACCUGAUGAUCGAGAAGCAGGUGCACGGACGCCAGGCCAACCACUACGCCUGCGUCAAGAGGGCAGAUGGCUCCUGCUCUUGGUACCGUGGCGUCGCCCCACCCAAGAAGGAGUUUCUGGACGCAGAGGACCCUUAAGUCCGCAACCUGACAGAGAGAAACAGAAACAAGGCAAUUGAAAUAAAAAAUUAGGCUAUU